UUCGCCUAUGCGGAAGUGAGUGUCAGCUGACAUCCAUGCAGCUCAGUGUUUAAACCAAAAAAUUUAAUUCCGUAACAGUUUUGUUUGUAUCUUUAGCGAUUUUUCUUUACAGCCCGGAUAAUGUUACGCCCUAAAGCAUUAACUCAGGUCCUCAGUCAGGCGAAUACAAACGGAGUACAGAGCACCUUGUUACUGAAUAAUGAAGGCUCUCUGCUGGCUUAUUCGGGUUACGGGGACACGGACGCUCGGGUUACGGCGGCCAUCGCCAGCAACAUCUGGGCUGCUUAUGACAAAAACGGACAUCAGGCUUUUAACGAGGACAAACUCAAGUUUAUUCUGAUGGACUGCAUGGAAGGCAGAGUUGCCAUUACCCGGGUCGCAAACUUACUGCUCUGCAUGUACGCUAAAGAGACCGUGGGCUUCGGGAUGCUGAAAGCCAAGGCGGAGGCUCUGGUGGAGUACCUUCAGGAACCACUCACACAAGUGGCAGCGUCAUAGAGAGAGAGAGAGAAAUCUCAGAUUUGCCCUUUAUUUCUGUUAAACCCCGAUUCAUUCAAGCUUUAUUUAUUCGCUUAGUUGAUCCUCCUGAACUUUAUAAUAGAUUAACAUUAUACCGUUCUUAUUAAUCAGAAUCCAAUGUCAGCUUCUCAGCAUCUUGUGUUUGCAUCUAACCAGUUAACUUAUAAAUAAGCCAAUAUUUGGUUAAAAAAACAAUAAAUGUGCUUUUUUUGUAAAUUGUUGUAUUGGUUUUAUUUCAUUUAUAGCUAGAGCUCACUCUGUGUGUUUAUUUGGGUAAGCAUUUAUUAACCGCUUUAAUAUAAUAUCAUAUAAUAUAAUAUAAUAUAAUAUAAUGAAGGGGAAGGUGUACAAGACAGUGAUGAGACCGGCCAUGCUGUAUGGUUUAGAGACAGUGUCAUUGAGGAAGAGACAGGAGUCAGAGCUGGAGGUAGCAGAGCUGAAGAUGUUGAGGUUCUCUUUGGGAGUGACACGGUUGGACAGGAUUAGGAACGAGUAUAUCAGAGGGACGGCUCAUGUUGGGGGACAAAGUUAGGGAGAGGCCAGUUUAAGAUGGUUUGGACAGUAGGGAGAGUGAGUAUGUUGGUAGGAGAAUGUUGGACAUGGAGCUGCCAGGCAGGAGGAAGAGAGUAAGGCCAAAGAGGAGGUAUAUGGAUGGAAUAAAUGAGGAUAUGAAGCUAGUGGGUGCAAGUGUUGAGGAUGCAGAAGAUAGGGAUAGGUGGAGAGAGAUGAUUCGCUUAAAAUAUUGAUCUCAUCUGAAUAAAUAAAAAAAAUGACAGACACUUCUAUGAAGGUUUCCACUGUGUAGACUAGGACGAUGAAUCGAUGCACAAAAUAUCCAGCAAGUAUCAGUAACAUUCUGGAAACAUUUAAAUUUAAUACUUUUUUCAUGCUUUAGGUGGUGAGGAAAAAUUGUUGCUCUCAGGAAUGUGUUUUUGGGAAAUAAUGACUGCAGGUCAUGAGAGUGGCUCUGUGUAUUAAUGAGAAAUAAAGUCGAGGAGGAAGUGAUGAUCAGGGUUUCGAACUUAUCACUCAGCCGAGUCAUGAUACACACUUAUGUCAUUUAUUUUACACUCAGAGGUUAUUUACAGUUUUUGUAAAGCGGAUUUCUUGUUGGAAUUCAUCUCAGAUUUGAGAUCUUUCAAUCAUUUGUGCUUUUCUGGUUAUUUGUAUUUGUAUUUUUUGAACCAGCUCCUAACAAUAAAUCAAGUAUGUAGCAUUUGCAUAUUUCAGGAUCUGUGAUUAAACACUCCACUGCUUAAAAAACA